AUGUCUUCUCAACAAUUCAAUGACAAUCAAAACGCCAAAAACGGCGAACAACAUCAAGGCUCAUCUUCCGAAGAAGAAUUAUUGAUGAAUCAUCAUCAUGGCGAUGAAACCACCUCCAAUCCUUUGGAAAUAACUAGUAAUUCUGAAGGUGUGGUGCAGAACGUUUUUAAUUCUUCCUCCUCUUCAACCUUAUCGGAUCAACCAACAACACCCUCUUCUUCCCAACCAUUAUUGAAUAACUCAAUAAUAACGGAACAAUCUCCACCCAACGUUUCUUCUUCCGAUCCUAAGGAUCCAACCCAUAUCAUGAUGCCUCCACCUCCUCCACGAACUAGUAACAACAACAACAACAACAGCAUAGUCUUUCCUUCUCUUUUAUUGAAUCACUCGGUGUCGUCUUCCUCUCUUGUGCCUCAACAAACACCCUCUCAUGUUUUUUAUUUUCAAAGCAGCAGUAACGGAGCCUUGUUUCGCUUCAUUCCGCUCUUUGAGAUGAUUCAAGAAUUGGUGAAUGGUGAGGAAUGGAGAAGUGUCAAGUUGAGUAGUGUCAGACCUGAGAGACCUUCACCUACUCCGGAUAGUACUAGUUCCAGUUUGACGAUCACUCCUAAUUCCAUGACAAGUAUUGCCACGAACACUGAUCACCAUCGAACAUUUACUCAUCAUUCAUCAUCUUUGUCAUCCAAGAUGAUAUCGAGAAAUGACGAAGAUUCCUCUUUGGGUCUCAAUCACUCAUUGAUGCCACAACAACAGCCACAGAACAGUACAGAAGAACUACCAUCCUCCUCCUCCUCCACAUUAUUAUUGAAGAGAAAGAGAGUUGAAGAAGAUGUGUUGCUAACAACCACCACCACUCUGACCACCACCGCUUCUACCAUCGACACUUCCACUUUCACUACUACUACUAUGGAGAGAACAAAUCCUACCCUUGCCUCUUCUUCUUCAACACUCUCAAUGGAGACCGACAAGACUAUUACCAACUUUCAAUCUUCAGCAAUGACGACAACCACUAUUUCCACAACCUCUUCCUCCAGUGUGAAAAAAACAAAAUUUUCAUGCAUGAACUUUGAUGACCUACCCAUCCACAUUCGACUACAUAUUCUAGGUUACAUCUAUGUUCCAUUUCAAGAAUGCUUCUUUUCAUAUCCAAUUUUGCACUUGAAUAUUCACAGAAUGUUUGGAAGAUUUAAAAGUGAUCCUUCCCGUAGAAUUUAUUUAAUUUAUUCAAGUUUAGGAAUGAAAUUGAAGGAUCAAAUGGGACAAUCGACACCCAUGUAUAGAAAUGCAAGAGAUGUCAAACUACUCAUUGAUCCAAAAGUUACCAAUUUGAAUUUCCUUUCUGGAUUUACAAGUUUGAAGAAAUUAAGUCUCUAUUUAACAGAUUGCAAUUUCUUAACAUUAUUAGAGAAACACUCCAAAUUAUUACCAAGAAUUACCUUUUUAAGCUUAAUUUUAUACAAGGACUUCUCUGAGCAUCACUAUCGAGAAACAUUUUGCAAAUUAACCAAUUUGAAAACUCUUGAACUAUUCUCUGACCUCGAACGAUUUUCCAUAAAAGGAACUAAAUUUAACUUACCUCCGAAUCUGACCACCCUAAGAUUGCUUAAUUAUGAAUUUAUUGAUUUUGCAUGCAUUUGCCAUAACACUCAAAUAACCUCUCUAACCGUCGUAGAUUCAUGCAAUUUAGCAAAUAUUGAUCAAAUUUCUAAUUUAAGAAAUUUAAAAAGACUUAAAAUCAACGAAGAACAAACCUUUGACGGACAAAACAUUGAUUUGAGUGCCAUUUUCCAACUAGACACUCUCGAACGAUUAUCACUUCCUCUUGUUUCAUUUAAAUAUCGAUUAACAGGAUUGAGAAGUUUACAAAAUUUAAGAAUAUAUAUCGAAGAUGCAACUUUACAACAAAUUGAACACUAUGCCAAUUACAUUUUGGAAUGUACCACUUUGAAAAAGUUAAAAUUUGAAUUUGCAGAAGAUUUACCUCACAAUGUCCAAAAUCGAUUCAUUGACCUCAUUUCUCAACAUCCUUCUAUUGAGAGUUUACAAUUAAUUUGUGAGAAUAUUACCGAUGAUCAAUUAGUGAAUUAUUUUUUCAACAAGAAUGAACGUAAUCUCCGAUUUCCAUCACUCACUGAAUUGGACAUUUCAUUGUGUGAUGAUUUGAGUUUAAUGCCAUUUCGAUAUCUACUUGAGAGAAAUGAUUUAACGUUGGAUCAUUUCAAGACCAUUAAAUUACCUGCUCAUUUGGUAUCUUCAGGUGUGGAUGAAUGUCUCAAUGUAUUAAUUCCAUCCAUUUCAUUUGUUGGAGGAGAUUCUGCAUUGAGUGCAAGUUAUGAUUUUGAUUUGGCUGAUUUUGAUGAUGAUGACUCGACGACCAAUGAUGAUGGAGGUGAUUCCGAUUCCGAUUCGGACUUGUUGUCUGAGAUUUUAUCUCAAACCGCUGCUGCCUCUGAUUUCUUACCCGAUUCUUCCGAUGAUGAAAUUUUGGAACAUUUUAUGGUGUAA